UGCUGUGAAUAGACGAUUGGGUACCAGCAUGAUACCUCGUCUCACUACGCCCAACCGAACGAUUCCAGGUACUUCGGAUGGCUGUAUCGACCUACAUAAAUAUCCUGGUCGACGGCAAGAAGCACAUCUUUUACCUAAUGAUGGCACAAUGAAAAGCGUACAGCAACCGGCGUCGAGAGGACCAACUUCGAAUAUAUUAUCGUGACAAUGUGAUGUGAUUAAUUCUGGCUUCCUGGCGACUCUGACGAUCCCGUUGGCAUUGUCACAGUUCCAAUGUCGCUGGACAUCGUGACAACUCUCUUCGUCGUUCAAUUCUCGCUCCUCUAUUACGACUACGCGCUCACACUCGGCAGAGAAAUUGAGUUAUUCUGGAAACUACCUCGAUGGUCAUGGCCGUUUGUGCUUUUUAUUGCCAAUCGAUACCUUAUCGUUCUAGGCCAUGUCCCGUUGGCGGUUUAUAUUUUUUGGUCUCCAGGUGUUGGUUCGAACUAUAGUGUGUGUAAUCCUCUGCUCCUAUACAAUGGAUGGUUAGCCAUCGUCGUUCAGGCGGUCGGUGGAAUCGUCAUGAUCAUGCGCGUAUAUGCUCUAUACGAAAGGAGUCGAUGCGUAUUGGCUAUGCUCGUAUUUUUUGGGGCUUGUGGGAUUCUUGUAGGCGCUUGGGCUGUGUCUUCAUUACCCUUUUCUCCGCCUGCGGUCCCGACACUGGAGUUUCUGAUCGGUUGUCCUGGAAAGGGGCUUCUUACCUUCGACCAGGGAUUAUAUUUGGCAGCCGCAUGGAGCGGGCAGUUGCUUUUUGACAUGAUCGUCUUUGGACUGACACUUUGGAGAUCGGUAUCUUCCCGGACACCAGGAAAGAGAAGCAUAUCAGAUGUUUUAUUGCGGGAUGGCUGCCUAUAUUUUGCAGUGAUGUCCAUCGCGAACUUAGGGAACAUCAUUAUGCUUUUAGUGGUAAAUGAUAAUGUAAAAAACAUCGCUCCCAGCUUCACCAACAUAAUUUCAGCGACGAUGAUCAGUAGGUUGAUGCUGAAUCUUCGAGACCCAUCUGUCGCCGGGAGGGCAGUAGCUUCAUUUCCUCCGCUAUCCCAUCCGAGUGCGUUUGCCUCGACCCAGGGCUUACCUGGCGUUGAGACGACGACAAAUGGGGUGAUGAGUCUGUAGCUUAGUGGCUCGUGUCAAAGGUGCGCUGUUUUGAAUGAGCUUUCGUUGUGUCUUAAUCUCUUCGGGCACAUCUAAACAGUGUAUAUCUAUAGCGUCGCUGCGACCAAUUAUACUCAAAACGCCGGUUAAGACACGAACAAGAAUUGUCAGAUUACGUUGGCCUCGUACAU